UAAACUCCGACCAAAACGCACACCUCAGAAUAAAUCGCACAACUCUCGCUUCCGGAUUAAGUUUUACCCACACAAUCGAGUUAAUCCGAUAUAUAUCUAAAUAAUACAAAACAAAGUGUAAGAUGUCGUCGCUUCGACGGUCACAUGGCGGCGGUCGUGAUUUCCUGCAGGAGAACAAGCAGAAUGUCUCGCGAAUGGAGACCAAUGGCAGGUGUCUAGCGGCGGCCAAUGCCCGUCGGGUGCCCCUGUGGCGUCCAGUGGUGCUCCACUAUGCGGAGAAGCUGCGUCCCCGCAUCCAGAAUAGCCAGCGUCGUCCACGCCAGUCCGCCGCCGCCCAUGAAGCCUCCAAUCUGCGGAGUGGUCUGGCCCAGCCGUAUGGCUUCAGGAGCGAUCAACGACGCAGGCAGCCACCAAAUCCAUGUGGCUGCGAUUUGGACAAGCGCCAGGAGCAGGAGCGUCUGCAGGGCGGCUGGGAGGAUCAGCGGAGGGAGAAGGAGAGGGCGCCGAGGAAGUGCUGCCACGGUUGCCCCUGCCACCAGAACCAUCAGGGUCACCAAGGACAGGCAGUGGCUAACUAUCAGGGUCACCAAGGUCAGGCAGUGGCUAACUAUCAGGGUCACCAAGGACAGACAGUGGCUAACUAUCAGGGUCACCAAGGCCAGGCAGUGGCUACCCAUCAGGGUCACCAAGGGCAGACAGUGGCUUACCAAAAGGGUCACCCAAUUGAGGGGACUAUGGGUCACCAAGCCGAGACAUUGGGUCACGGAAUCGGAGCAGAAGUGAUGACAACCAAACAGGGCGAGGGUGAUCAGGCCGAUCACGUUUCUUUAUGUUCCCGGAUGUCCCGGCUGUCGCGUCGAUCCCAGAGGAUCCCCACUCGUUCCCAAGAGAACACCGAUCCCGAGGCGCCUUUAAGUGCCCGCAGCGGUGUCUCGGCCAAGACCCUCAAGUCCAAGAGAUCCGUUUCCCAGGAGACUGUCCGCUCGAAUGCCACCAUCAAGUCGAACAGCACAGUGGCCUCGCGAAGCACCACGGCUUCGAAGAGAUCUCAAAGAUCACAAGUUAGUCGCAAGUCGCAGAUAAUGGAGAUAAUGCCACCACCAUCGCAUUUGCAGGAUCAAAGGGCCAAGGAGAAGGUACAGGAACAGGUACAGGCACCGGCACCGGCACAAUCGCCACCCGUCUACGAGGGCUAUACCCCAUUGACCGAAAACGAGAGGAGCGCUGCCCUCCAGGAUGCCCACUUUAAAUACGGCAAGCUCGUCGAGGAAUAUAAUCAUAUGCCCGUUUCGGAGCCCACUUUGCGCGUGCGCAAUCGAAAAAUAGCCAUCGAACGUGAACUGGAUCAACUGGACUAUGCGAUCAAUAUGUUCGAUCAGCCCCAUCUGGAUAUGUAUUACAAAAAAUGACCCUGCCUUGUUAUUUGUUUCAAAUAAGGUUGCCCAUUUCCAAAUUGAGUUGUUUGCCGAAAAAAACCCAUCUGAAACUGAACCCCAAGACAUAAGAACAAUUAUAGCACCGAAAUGCUAGUAAAAGUGGGUAAACUUAAACCCCAAAAACAUCGAAAGCCAAAUAAAAGAAGCAAAUGGCCUUUGCUAGAAUUAUUAGAGGCGCAAACACAGAAAUCAUAAAAACACUGAAGCUUAGCAAAACCAUAACAAAUGUCGAACGUUACAAAAAUUAAAGAAGUUACAUUUAAAAGCAAUUGGAAAACGUAAAAAAAUGUCUUGAAAAGGCAAAAUAUAAUUAUGAAUGAGAAAGAAAUUAAUGAUUCAAGCCGUAGCAGUUACAAAACCAAACAAAAAAUAAAUUUUAAAUGCGGCAUAUGAUUGCAUAAGAUUAA